UCUUAUAACAGCAAAGCAUUCUGGUACGUGUUUGCGUCUGGAGUACAACAAAAUGUCUCAAGCCGACGGAGCAAUGUUUUCCAAUCCUUUGGCUCCGCCAUCUGGCGGCCAUCAUGGACACUCUGGUCAUGGCGCUUCUGAAAUAUCGGCCCUAACAAACGCAGACUUUAGGAAGCUUCUCAUGACUCCACGUUCUGCUCCAAAAGCAGCUCCUCCAUCGAUGAAAAGACCUGCUGAUGUGACGUCGACCCGACCAAGAGAUUAUAAUGAAGAUGAAGAUCCAGUCGCACAAAGAAGAAAAAAGAAAAAGUAUUAUGCCAAACUUCAUAAAUUAGAAGAGGAAAGAGAAAAGGAACUUGCCUCCAAAUACCGUGACAGGGCAAGGGAACGACGUGAUGGAGAAAAUCCAGAUUAUCAAGGCACAGAUACCCUGAGUGCCACUGCUAAUUACAGAGCUGUGGGACCUACACAAGAGGAAAGUGAUUCAGCAGCAGAGAGAAGAAGAUUAGCCAUUCAAGAAAGUAAAUUCUUGGGUGGUGAUAUGGAGCAUACUCAUUUAGUGAAGGGACUCGACUUUGCUUUAUUGCAAAAGGUUCGGAGUGAAAUUGCUGGUGAAGGAGAAGAGUCCAUGGGGGAAUCACUCAAGAAAAUAAAACACAAAGAAGGUGAGGAAGGUGAAAGAGAGGAAGAUGAAGAACAAGAAUUUAAGACUCGACUUGGUCAUAGAAUUUACAAAUCAAUCUUCAAAGUCAAACCACCUGAAAAGAAUGAGCUGUUCCAGCCAGGAAGAAUGGCCUAUGUGUUUGAGGUCGAAGAUGAAUAUGCUGAAACAGAUAUCCCUACAACUUUGAUCAGAAGUAAAGCUGAUUGCCCUGGRAUGGAGACCCAAACAACACUGACAACCAAUGACAUUGUCAUCAACAAGCUGACUCAAAUUCUGUCUUACUUACGGCAAGGCAUGAGAAAUAGCAAGAAGUCAAAGAAGAAGGAGAAAGGAAAAGAAAAGGAAAAGGAAGUCAAAAUAAAACCCCAAUUUGUUGAAGACAGUAUAUAUGGAGAUAUUGGUGACUAUGACACUUCACUAACAACCAAAGAUACAAACAAAAAAGAUCGACAUAAAGAAAAAUCAAAAGAAAAACCUCAUGACAAGUCCAAAACCAGUGAGCGGGACUCGCACAAAAGAAGCAACAAAUCGCAUCAGUACUUUGAAAAGCCUUCUACAACAGAGAAAGAGGAGUCUUUCAGCAAAAAAGAUGUCGAUGCUACUGAAUUUGCCAAGGAUAUAACUGAAAAGUACAGGAAAAGGGAACACAGUGAUGGAUGGAGCAAAGAAGAUUCAAAAUCUAAAUCUAAAAAGUCUAAGAGUAGUAGAGAACCGGAUAGUUACAUGGAGUGUUAUCCUGGUGCUGCUGAAGUGGCAUAUGAAAGUGACGAUGAAGAAGCUGAUUACACCAAAAUGGACUUGGGRAAUAAGAAGGGACCAAUAAAAAGAUGGGACUUUGAAAGUGAUGAACAAUACAACAAGUACAUGGAAACAAGAGAAGCCCUUCCCAAAGCUGCUUUCCAGUUUGGAAUCAAGAUGUCUGAAGGGCGCAAAACUAGACGUACCGGUCCUAAAGAUGAGAAAGCAAAACUUGAUAGAGACUGGCAGCGUAUUAGUAAGAUGAUUCAUACCUCCAAGAAGAGAGACGACGAUGACUAUGACAGGAGGGAGAGAAGGUCAAAGCGUGAUUAAGCUGGCGGCCAUAAAUAGUCAAUGUCUGAUUCAACAUCAAGAAUAGAUCUUUUAAAAAAAAAUCUUAUUUCAAUCUUAACAUUGUAACCUUUUCAGACAAAAUGAAAAUAAUAAAAUAUCAAUUCAAUUAAAAA